CCGGCCCGGUCCAUAACCUGACACUACACAAUCACUCGAUGACUCAUGUACACAAUUAGGGCCAUUGGUGACAUUGUCAGGGCAGUGUAGUGCGAACAGUGGUGUUACUCGAUGUAGGAGCGAGUGAGUGCUGUGCUUUCGUGUGCCCUUGUCAUGUGGGGAGUACGAUGGUGUUGAUAGCCAGCAUGUCGCCGCGGCGCUCGCCGCUGGGCUUGCUCCUGGCGCUGCUAGUGGCAGCCGCUCUCGCUAACCAGCUAGAGGAUAUACCACACAAUGAAGUAAAAAAUUGGGCAUUAAAAUUUGGCGUUGACUUAUGGGAGUUUGGACGACACUUCACAAAAAUGAAUCAGAUACAAAACAAAUACCAUGAGUACAACGUGGAAGUGGCGCGUAAGGAUGGUUUACUGUUGGUGCGUGAGCUAGCUGCCGAGGUCAAGAACCACAUGGACUUCAAAAUUAACGCGGUUAUGCGCAUCAUGGACAGCGCUGAAGCGGCGGCAUUGUCAGCAAGUGGAAGCAAUGAUGGAGCACCAGGGUCAUACUAUGACGCCCGCUGGCUAAACGUUCAUGCUGAUGAUGGCACGUUAGCAGCGCGCGCCCGCCGUCUGCUCUUGUACCCUAGCAGACACUUCGACCAUAUUGCAGUCAAUACCAGCUAUAGCGCUGUACUUAUGCCACCAUAUAUUAAUACCGAAGAUCCUGAAGUUCAAAAUCAAAUAGCGUGGUCAGAACACUUGGACCCGUUAUUCGUGAAUAACUACGAAAUUGACCCAACUCUGUCGUGGCAAUACUACGCCUCUUCUAAGGGUUUUAUGCGGCGAUAUCCAGCGAUGUCUUGGCCACCAGAAGACGGAUAUUCUCACCACGCGAGAGACUUCUACGACUUCAGGUCUUCCAAUUGGUUUGUCGAAGCAGCCACAUCACCUAAAGACUUGGUGAUACUCUUGGAUGAUUCCGACGAUCUAGGAUCCUCAUACUGGAGGCUGGCAAAAGCGACUAUUUCCGGCUUAUUGGACACUCUAGGACCUAACGACUUCGUCAAUGUGUACCGAUACAGCGAUACGGUGUCAGAGUUACAUUCUUGUUACACGAAGAUAUUGGCACAGGCUGUACCAGAAACUAUACGCGAGCUAAAAACAGUGUUGUGGAACGCCGAAGCCACUGGCGGAGCAGCCAACUUAACUGGAGCCCUCACUACGGCUUUUGAAAUAUUGCAUCGGUAUAACCGUACCGGCCAAGGUUGUCAAUGCAACCAGGCUAUCGCAGUGGUGGGCGCGGGCGGCGGUGCCGGCGGCGUGAAGACUGUGUUCCGUACAUGGAACUGGCCACAUAUGCCAGUGCGAAUAUUCACAUACCGCGUCGGAGGAGAUGCCACCGCUGGACACACUAUGAAGGACAUGGCUUGCACUAAUAAAGGUUUCUACGUAUCCAUCAAUGAGCACUCUGAGAUCCGCGGAAAAGUGCUCCACCUGGUGGAGGUGUUGGCGCGGCCUCUCGUCAUGUACCAGAAUGUCCACCCGGUGCACUGGAGCCCUGCAUACGUCGGCGGAAGGAGUAGCAGCCUUUCUGACGACGGUAUGGGACAACUGAUGACCUCCGUCACGGUUCCAAUUUACGACAGGAGAAAUCACACGCAACGGGAAGCAAAUUUACUAGGAGCCGUUGGAACUGAUGUACCUGUCGAUCAAAUAAAGAAGCUCGUGCCACCAUAUAAGCUUGGAGUCAACGGCUACUCUUUUAUGGUGGAUAACAACGGGCAUGUUUUGUAUCAUCCGGAUUUGCGACCUCUGUACACCAACGAGGAAUACACAGAAACACUACGGCCGUUAUACUCUAGUGUGGACGUGACUGAUGUCGAACUACUGAUGGAUUCCGAUGAGAAUUCUCGGGUUAACCUCACAUCUCUACUGCUUGAUCUUCGUCACGACAUGAUAGAACAACGUGAAGGUGAGACAGAAAUUGGAGUUAAAGUUCAAUACGACAACAUGAGGAGAGUUGCUACUCGGCGUCAGAGAUACUUCUACAGUCCUGUGGAUGGUACGCCGUAUUCUUUGGCCGUAGUACUCCCCGAUGGUUAUGGCAUGUAUGAGUUACUAGCGGAGCAGGAGGUCAAGCAUAGUGUUAUAAACGUCACUGAAUAUUUCAAAGGCGAUAAUUGGAAGAUACAUCCCGAUUGGGUGUAUUGCGAAUAUGCAUCAACAUCAGAACAAACAUUUAAUACUCCGGAGGAACAGCUUGUCCACUUUUUGUCCCGCGCGGGUCGCCCCGGCUGGAAAUGGAUGUCGCUGCGGCCGAGGGCACUCAUGCUACACAAUGCUCAUAAGAAACAAGAUCGUGACUCCUAUUACUGUGACAAAACUUUAGUUCAAUCGCUUAUUCGAGACGCAAUGGUAAUAAAAGAACUGGACGCUCACACUGGACACGCCAGCCAUCACUCGCACCCGAUAGCAACUUUAAUGGCACUUCUGACAAGGCAAGGUCGGUUUCACAAGUUCGUUGUGUCGCUGUCAUUCAUCGCGACACGCAGCGGUCUGCUCAAGUGGACUGAGAAUAUGAAUAGUUCGAGAAGCUCCGACUCUGCUGAACAGCAUUUCAGUGAAAGAUACGCCCGAGCGUUUGAUUCAGAAUGGUACCGGCGAGCGGUGGAACAUCAUGCCAUAGAGCCCGAGAGUUUCGUCUUCUCUGUGCCUUUCCGCGACGGUUCCGAAGCUGACGACUUGAGUGGAAGACCACCUCUCGUUCUGGCGACCCAUGCUGUAUUCGUAGAAUCGAGAGGACACAGAGCAGCCGCCGCUGUUGUUGGACUACAUUUCCAGUUCGAUUCCCUUGCGAAGCAUUUUUUAAACGUUACUUCAACGUGCACAGCCGGUAGCGUUUGUAAGAAAACGUGCGCGGGAGACGAGUUAGAUUGCUACAUAUUAGAUGACAACGGCUUCAUCAUCCUCUCCGAGGACGUAUCUCAAACUGGGCGGUUCUUUGGACAAGUCGACGGCACUAUUAUGGAUUCAUUAGUUCAAGAUCGCAUAUACAAGAAGAUCACAGUGCAUGACCAUCAGGGAAGGUGCCCGGAUUCUAGGAAUCCUUUCAGUGGAGGCGUCAGUAAAUUAACGCCAAUGAAACCAUUUUCUUGGAUUGGGAGCUAUCUUGUGAACUUAAUAGCAGUUUGGUUCCCACUUUGGGAGCCAGUUAAAGCAAGAGCACACCCGUAUGCUGAAGAAGAAAUAGCAGAUUAUGAGGACUACGAAAACGAAGACUCGGAAAGCGAAGAUGACCUGGAUCGAGACAGGGGGACGUAUGAGAUCAUUAUCGAUGGGAUCGGAGGCAGCGGGGGCGGCGGCGGGGCUGCAGAGCCUCCCCGCGGGGCAGGGGGUGGCGCCAACGCGGGCACGGGGGGCGCAGGCCGAGAGCCUCCUCGUGAGGCAGCGCGUUCUGCCGCGGUACGCCCGUGCGACACCAGCGCCGAGCUGUUCACGCUGCAGUCCACUCGACUCAACGCAGCACAGCCACUCAAAGGGAAACUUACCAAUUGUCACAAUUCUGGCUGUGAAAGGCCGUUCAGCGUACAGAAGAUCCAGCACAGCAACCUGAUCCUUCUGGUGGUGGACACGCUGUGCCCGUGCGGCGCCAAGCGACUGGACGUGCGAGCCCGGGAGGCGCCACCGCCCGUCUGCCGCCGCGCCGCGCCGCGCCACCGCCGCCGCCGCCCCGCGCACUGCCUCUCAUACCACCCAGAGGAAAUAGAAAUCCAGUCUUGCGGACGCGGCGGCCGAACGCAACCACUGCUAGCACUAGUGGCAGCGCUGAUGGUGCGACUGUGGUUCACCACGUGACUGCCACAAGAAUAGCUGUAAACCCACAAGCCACCACCCCAGGGUCCGCGACGGGCCCUGAACGCGAUCUACUGAUAAGCUUCCCAACGAAUUAUAGUCUUUAAAAAUGUUAUAACAAUGACUGAUUUUCAAUAUCACCUGAGAAGGGAAGCUUCUAACUAAAGCGGAUCGUCGUUCAAAUGUUCGAGCGUCGUGUGAGUGUGGGACUGUUUGUAUUGGAGUGUGCAAUAAAUGUUGAUUGUUGCGCUAUUGGGUAAAUAAUGUGGCGCCUUGUACCACUUCCUUUAGUGUCGUAACACACUUUACUUUUAGCAUCAGCGUUCUUCGCGUUCUAAUGCUAUUCAUGCAGCGUCUUCAUUCAUACUGCGUUGCUGUAUUAAGAGCGAGCAGCUUCGCUUGUAUCGAUGAAAUCCUUUCCCUGACUGAGUAGACAAGCUUGAAGAGGUAAACUAUUCCAUAUUCCGUUUCUUCCACAGAAUUAUUUUUAGUUCUUAAAAUUCGCCUUUAAAAAGUUAGAUCUUAUUACGUUACAUAGGUAGUCUGUGGGCUCGUAAAAAGAUGAUUCGUCGGCCCGUCAACAUGUAGGUAAUUCAGUUUCUAUGUACGAUAUUACGAAUUUAGCCGAUGAGUCUGAAGCUAAUUGAAGUGCAAUUUUCUAGUUCGCGUCUAAUACCUUAUUAUAUAUUAUUUACUGAUGCCGUAAAGAUUAUGAAAAAGUUAUUUCAAAUCAAAGUGCUUACUAUCUCUCUCGAAACUAAAAAAAACGCACAUCCUAAAAGUAUAGUGUGUUCGACCAAUAAUGGUACCCGUAUGCGUGCAAGAAUUAAGAGUUUUGAUCAAUUUACCGACUGAAGUUUUGGUCCGACCAAAUGAACUUUCAAUCUUGUUUUGAUACAGGAUUAUCUAUUCGUACUAGGAUAUGAUAAAUAUUAACAUAUUUUCCCCUCUUUGUUAAGUUGUCGCGUUUCAUAUUGUAACAAAUGCAGAUGCAUACAGUAAAUAGGUAGGUAACUAAUAUCUUGUUAAAUUUAAAAUGAAGAUUAUCACAAACUUGGAGAUCGUAUAUAUUAUAGCUAAUGUUAAUAAGUAUUGAAAAAUAAUGUAAAAAUAUUAUCGUUUGAAACUGUUUUAGAAAAAUUUACCUAUGUUGAACCUUACUCAAUUUGUUUCUUGUCUGACAUUCGAAUUAAUCGCAAUCUUAUAUUGAAUAGUUGCAUAGUGUUGAUGUAAAUAAGAAAUGUUUUGUUUGUAGAUGAUUACGUUGCAGAAUUUAUGUGUGCCUGUGUAAUUAUUAUGUAAAGUCGUGUCAUACAGACGGGUGUCGCGAUAACUAUAAUAUAGAACAAGGUAUGAGGAGAACUAAUCAAAUAAAUAUAUUACAAUUAAUAAUAAUACAAGAUAGCGAACAAAUUUUACCAUUACAUUCCAGCGUUUCUGUGAUAGGUUAAUAAUACAAGCACUUUUUAAAUAAUGAUUCUGAAAUAUUUAAAAUUAAUUUAAUUAAAAAUUGACAGAUGAUACAUACUUUGCUAUAAUCUAUUUUGUAUCUACUUAUUGAUAAACGUGUUACAUUAGAAAUGUUGUCGAAUAUUUGUAAAUAGUUCCUCACUAGUCGCGACACCGAUCCUAAAUCGACUACUCAUUUGUCUAGUUGUUAGUGAUUUUUCUCGCCUAAUCUUCGAAUAAUGUCGUAUUGAACGAACUGUAAACAGUUUCGUGUUUUUAUUGUAAAUAUUUUACUAACUUUAAAUGGCCUACUACAAUUUUAAGAACGUGUGUUGCUAAUCGUUUUGUCGUUCAAAUCGACUUCUGUGGUAAUCUACGUCAUAUCGACCUAACAUAAUUGUUAUAAUUUGCAUAUCACGUUCCUUGAUAUUUUCUGGGUGUAGAUUUCGUAUUCUACUUUCAUACAUGUUUGUACGUUACCCAGAUGUGAAUGUUACAUAUAAUACAAAUUCAUGAACUAUAGAUAUUUUGUACCAUAUCGAGUAGUCAUAUUGUCGGUAGUAUGGAUCGCUUGCUGUUGUCCGUUUGAUGUCAUAUCAUUGGUAAAUUUAUCUACGACAAAUGUUUUGAAAUAGUACAAAGAUAUUAAGUAUAAUAGUUUAAUUAGAUGUCGAGUGCCAAACCACUGUGUUUGAUUUAGUUCACGAUACAUACAAUUUAGAUUACGGGACCGAUACUUUAUGUAACUAAGUAGGACAAUGGCAAGCUGGGAAAUGUAUAGAAAAUUAAAUUGGUAACAGUAUUCUUCGUUG